AUGGUAAAAGAUAUCCUCGAUACCAUCUUUAACAUUUACUUUUCCACCAUUCCCUUUGGUGUAAAAAUAACCUUACUUAAAAUAAUCCGAUGCCAAGUUGUAAAUAACCAUGAAAAUGCUUCCCAAGCUAUUGUUUCAUUGGUUUUCGAUGUAUUUUACGAGUCUUUGUGCCCCGAUAGCAAAAAUCUUAUAACCAAACAAGUAUGGAUUUUAAUACAAAAGUUGCGCAAUGAAAGUAACGAUAAAAAGGAUCUGGUCAAGUUUCGAUUUUGGCCUUAUGGAAAAUCUAGCGAGAUUUAUAAUAAUGAAACUUUGAAAUGGGAAUUCAAUUGUCACCAUGGUGCAGAAGAGUGCUUAGGAAAUCUAUGGCACACAUGUGCGUUGUAUGGAAAUUUAGCUAAACAGGGAGACGCAGAGAAUUUCAUAGCCUGCACUUUUGGAUAUACAAAAAACUUGUCCGUUGGACUAUCAGAGUGCUCUCAAUUGGCAAAUUUUAACUUUAAAGAGCUAUCUAUCUGCGCGAACUCCAUCGAAGCUACUCGUUUUUUGAGAAAAACAGGCGUUAAAACUAAAGAAUUAGCUCCUGCAAUUAAUUACAUACCAUGGGUCUUGAUAAACAAUCAAUAUGAUGUCGAAAGAAGAAUGCAAGCCGAAAGUCGCCUUCAAGAGCUUGUGUGCGGAGUUAUGAACUCUCAAUUCUCCUUCUGUGGACAAGUAUGAAGAUUUUUUCUCCAUGAACAAGGCAACUGCAUCAUUUUUU